GUGCAGGUUAAGUGCUUGCGCACUCUACGAGCUGCCUAUUUAGGCAUGGUGAAGGUGAAACCCUUCAACACUGCAUCCUCCGGAUGUGCGGCGCUGGAACAACAUCUUCACGAGAGUAGAAGGACAUUCCAAACAGUAGAGUAACAACGUGUAAAUCCACAACUAGUCCCGGUGCUAACGAUGGCUGGUAACCCUGUCCCAGUACCUGUUCCAGCCGCCGAUGUAAAGAUUCUGUGCAUUGAUGACCUCCGGAUCGAGGCGUCCGAGAAGUUGCCUGUAGGCGCAAGAGACUUCUACAACUCCGGUUCUACUGACCAAAUCACAAUCGCCGAAAACACGACCGCAUACGCCAAGUAUCGUGUGAGGCCUCGCGUACUGGUAGACGUCUCCAAAGCAGACACAUCGACAACAUGCUUCGGCCGCAAGGUCUCCUUCCCGCUUGGUGUCUCGCCAGCAGGCCUCCAAGCAAUGGCUCACCCAGAAGGCGAGCUCGCCACAGCUCGUGCUUGUGCGCGGAGAGGAAUCAACAUGGCCAUAUCCUCCUUUGCCAACUACACCAUAAGGGAGAUCCGUGGAAGUGGACUUGGCGUCGCCCCAAUCAAGCACGCCAUCCAAAUGUACACGCUGAAGGACCGAGGCCUUGAACUGAAGAUCAUCCGUGAGGCGGAGGCGCAAGGUUGUACUGCUAUCUUCCUAACUGCAGACUCGCCCGUGCUGGGAGUACGGUACAAUGAAUGGAGGAAUGACUUUAGAACGCCCGACGGUCUCGGCUUCCCAAUCCUAGGCUGGGACUCCGAACGAAUCCGCAAGCAAAGUCACGAUGACAGCUUCAUGACCUUCAACGACGAUGCCCACAACUGGGCUCGGGACAUUCCAUGGUUGCGUAGUGUCACGAAAAUGGAGAUCUGGAUUAAGGGCGUUCUCACCGCGGAAGACACGCUCAAAGCGAUCGAGAUGGGCUGUGACGGGAUCAUCGUCAGUAAUCACGGAGGGAGGCAACUGGACGGCGUGCCGGCAACGAUCGAUGCGCUACCAGAAUGCGUCGAGGCGGCUGCUGGACGGAUCCGUAUUCAUGUUGAUGGUGGCAUACGCUCGGGAACCGACAUGUUUAAGGCGUUGGCGUUAGGCGCCGAGUACGUCUGGGUAGGGCGGCCAGCGAUCUGGGGCCUUGCGUAUGCUGGCGAGAGAGGCGUAGAGCUGAUGCUCGAGAUCUUCUACAAUGAGUUCAAGCGCUGCAUGCAACUGACAGGCUGCAAUAGCGUCAAGGAUAUCACGAAAAGUUGUCUGGGCGUUGUUAGACCGGAUGGGCCACUUGCCAGAUUGUGAAUUAUAGUAAUGAACUUUCAGCUAUCCAAGCGCAAGUUUCAAUGGAGCUUCUCACCAUG